AUGCCGACUCAGCGCGAAUUCUCAAUCAGGAUCACGGCGGAGCUAAGGUGGGCUGCAGCAGCCCACACAUUGAUAGGCCGUGACGACCGCGUGGAGAGCCUAAGGCAGAGGUGUUCGCAGCUGUCGUCGAGGCUGUGCGCUGCCGAGGAAGCGUACCGAGCGCUACUCGGCAUGGAUGGCGUUGAUGCAGGGAUUUUGGAGUCCAGCCGCAAAGAUCUGGAGCAGCUGGAAGAGCUCUGCGAUGGGCUACUUGAGGCAGAUCGCAGGCUGGCGCGUGAGGCCAAGCUCAACGCCUUGGACUCAUCGCCCUUGCGCCGUGCGACCCAGCCCGAAUUGUUGGGGCGUCUCCCCACCAUCGAGCUGCCCCGGUUUAGCGGGUGCUUGAGCUCGUGGUUGGGCUUCGAGGCCAUGUUUAAUGGCCUCGUGGACUCCCGCCAGGACCUAGCCCCCACCCAGAAGAUGGCCUAUUUGCUAUCGGCUCUGGAUGGGGAAGCAUUGCAGGUCGUGGCACAUUUGGACUUGGCGCCCACGAACUACACCACCGCACGUCUCCUCCUUCAGAGGAGAUAUGCGAACGUGCGCCGUCUGGCCGACGGGUAUGUGGGCCAAAUUUUAAGCCUCCCCAUGAUAAGGGGAGUGGAGCAGCUGCGCUUCGGACUGGUGAAUCCAGUUGUGGUGGCCACUAAUGGCCUCCGAAAACUGGAUUUACCAGUCGAGGAGUGGAGCUUUUUGUUGCUCCAUAUUGUGUUGUCCCGCCUGCCCUCCGACCUCAAGCUCCGUUUUGAGCAGAGGCACGGAGGGGACGGGGCAUCCUAUUUGCCUGGCUUCCAGGAACUGAUCUCGUUCCUGGAGCAGGAGUGCCGCUUGGCGGAGAACGCCGGAGUGCCCGCUCCGGUUUCUCCUUCAGGCCGUUCAGCCCAAGAAGGGCGUCGGGGUGGGGCGCCCCAGGGAGGCCCCUCCAAGGAGGGACGAGUUGCACCCAGGGGUUCGCCGCCUUCUCCCCGCUUUCGCGUGGCGACAGCGAGCGCGGCUCGCUGCACUUUUUGUAAAGGUCCCGGCCACCGGGUCGGGGCUUGUCCGGAUUUUGCGGCUCUCUCGGUCCGGGCACGACGCUCCAUCGCCAAUGCGCGGAAAUGGUGCUAUUCGUGCCUGGAACCACACUGGCAGCGGGAUUGCGCGAGUAGGCGCCCUUGUCCCCACUGCCAGGGGAACCAUUUGGGGCUUCUGUGCGCCAACCGCAACGGAGAGGCGCCAGAGCGCGAGCGCGAGCUGCCGACAGCUCGACGCGAGGAAGAAUCACCCCCCCGACGGGCGGGGGGGCGCUCUCAUUUGACCGGGGGGCUUAGCUCCCCCCCCCCGUUAUUUUGA